UUUUUAUUUUUUUAAAUGGCAUUAAGCGACGCUGUGGAGCAAAUACGAGUUUCCAGAGUGUUUGCCAAUAUAUGCUACAUCACCAUGAACAUAUACCAUCUGUUGAUAGCCCUGGGAUUAUUUUCCCUAUGUUGUGCUCACACAGACUUCUUUACAUCCAUUGGUCACAUGACAGAUUUGCUGAGCACAGAGAAAGACCUGGUGACAUCACUGAAAGAUUAUAUUAAGGCAGAAGAGGUGAAACUGGCAGAAAUUAAGAAGUGGGCAGAAAGGUUGGAUCAACUGACAGAAAUAGCUGUCAAGGACCCUGAGGGGUUCUUGGGGCACCCAGUCAAUGCUUUUAAAUUGAUGAAGCGACUCAAUACUGAAUGGGCUGAGCUAGAAAAUCUAGUGCUGAAGGACAUGUCUGAUGGAUUUAUCUCCAACCUAACUAUUCAGAGACAGUAUUUCCCCAAUGAUGAGGACCAGACGGGGGCAGCAAAAGCCUUGCUUCGUCUGCAAGAUACUUACAAUCUUGACACAGAGACCAUCUCCAGGGGUAAUCUUCCAGGUGUGAAGCACAAAACUUCAUUAACCGCUGGAGACUGUUUUGAAUUGGGUAAAGUUGCCUACACGGAUGCAGACUAUUAUCACACAGAGCUGUGGAUGGGGCAGGCUCUGCGACAGCUGGAUGAUGGAGAAGAGUCCUCCAUUGACAAAGUUGUAGUUCUAGAUUACCUUAGCUAUGCUGUGUACCAACAAGGAGAUUUGGACAAAGCUUUGAUGCUAACGAAGAGACUACUGGAACUGGAUCCUGAGCAUCAAAGAGGAAAUGGGAAUUUGAAAUACUUUGAAUAUAUCAUGUCAAAGGAGCAAAAUAAAUCUAGUACAGCUACGUCUGAGGGGGCCAGGAAAGGACGGCCUUUGGAUCACCUACCCGAGAGACAGAAAUAUGAGAUGCUCUGCCGUGGAGAAGGGGUUAAAAUGACCCCUCGCAGGCAAAAGAAACUUUUUUGCCGUUACUACAAUGGGAACAAAAGCCCACAGUUUAUUCUCUCUCCAACGAAGCAGGAAGAUGAAUGGGAUAAGCCCUGGAUUGUACGUUACCAUGAUAUAAUUUCAGAUGAGGAGAUUACUAAGGUUCAAGAACUUGCAAAGCCAAGGCUGAGGCGAGCCACCAUUUCAAACCCUAUAACAGGAGUCCUGGAGACUGCACCCUACAGAAUUAGCAAAAGGAGGGCUACAGUGCAUGACCCAGUGACAGGAAAACUGACCACAGCACAAUACAGAGUCUCUAAGAGUGCUUGGUUGUCUGGUUAUGAAGAUCCUGUGGUGGACAAACUCAACCAAAGAAUACAAGCGCUAACGGGUCUUGAUGUAUCUACAGCUGAAGAGCUUCAAGUAGCCAACUAUGGAGUUGGAGGCCAAUAUGAGCCCCAUUUUGAUUUUGGAAGGAAAGAUGAACCUGAUGCAUUUAAAGAGCUUGGUACAGGCAACAGGAUCGCUACCUGGCUAUUUUAUAUGAGUGAUGUCGCAGCAGGUGGCGCUACCGUCUUCCCCGAAGUUGGAGCUGCUGUCUAUCCAAAAAAGGGAACAGCAGUUUUCUGGUACAAUCUGUUUGAAAGUGGUGAAGGGGACUAUAGCACAAGACACGCAGCCUGUCCUGUCUUAGUUGGAAAUAAAUGGGUAUCCAAUAAAUGGAUCCAUGAACGUGGGCAGGAAUUCCGAAGGCCGUGUAAAUUGUCAGAGUUGGAAUAAAGCAAAAUAACACAACCUGUGAAAAACAAAUCCACAUCUCAAUCACAAAGCUGUCCAGACUGUGCGUUGUCCAGUUUGCUAGAAAUUGAUGCAGUUCACCGGAAACGUUUAAAGGGAUUCCGUAAUUGUGGGAGAAGCGUUUAAUAUAAAUUUUUCUCUUUUCUUUUUUUAUCGUUAUGAAAAGAGCAUGCGUAUGAGCAUAAUCUAAAAGGUUAAAAAUAUGUCCUGGAGGACACACCAUUUGUUGUACACUUCCUAAAGACUUUAUUUUUUUUUUUAUUCCUUAAACCAUGUUACUUAUACCCCAAGCAAGUGACCGUUUUACAUAAUGUUUUUUCCAGACUUUCUUUCAACUUGGGGGAAAAAACAAAUGAAAAAAAAAAGUGGAAACCUGUUUUUGAGCGCACAGUGCUUUUGCAGGAUUGUUAAGGACA